AUGGUUGAUAUGCUUGGUUCGUUUGUCUCUGCCUUCCUGCAAGUGCUGUUGGAUAGGGUAGCUCAUCGUGAACUUUUAGAAUUCUUCCGGGGCAACCAUCUUGAUGAGGCACUUCUAGAGAAGUUGAAGAAGCUUUUGCUGUUUGUCGCUACAGUGCUUAGUGAUGCUGAGGAAAAAGAGUUUAUUAAUCCAUUGGUGAAGGAAUGGAUUGAUAGGCUUAAAAAUGCUGCCUAUGAUGCUGAUGAUGUAUUGGAUGAGAUUGCCACGAAAGCCAUGCAAGAUAAGAUCAAUUCCGGGUUUCACCCCACCUUAGAUCAGGUAAGAGGUUAUGCUUCUCCUCUCAAUCCAUUUGCUGAACAAGUUAAAGCAAAAGUUGAAAGGAUAGUUGAGAGGUUGAAAUCUAUAAUAGAGUAUAAAGAUGUUCUUGGUCUUAAGGAAAGUGGUUUAGAAAGGGUGCCUGUGGUUGCUAUUGUUGGGAUGGGAGGGGUAGGUAAGACGACUCUUGCUCAGAUUUUGUACAAUGAUGCGCAGGAAACUGUGGAAGUAGAAUUAGUCACCACACGUAGUCAAAGUGUGGCAUCGGCAGUUUGUGCUGAUUUAACUUAUUCCCUCUCGCUUCUAUCUUAUGAAGAUACCUGGAAGUUAUUCUCAAGUCAUGCAUUCAAAUCAGGAAACCUGGAUCAGCAUCCGGUGUUGGCACAAAUUGGCCAAAAAAUAGUAAAUAAGUGCAAUGGUCUCCCUCUGGCUGCAAAAACACUAGGGAGUCUCCUGCGUGGUAAAGAGGAUGCAGAGGAGUGGAAAGUACAUCUAAUAGUAGGAUAUGGGAGUUACCAAGCAAUAAGAGUAGCAUCCUUCCUUCCUUAA